AUGAUGUGCUGCAAAAGAAACAGUCCGCGCACCGUACCGAUCACAAUGGCCAGUAUCCUUUUGCUGGGUGGUGUCGCGCUACUCUGCCUUCUACCAACACCAACCACCGCACAACCGAUCGAUAUGUUGGAUCAAAUCGGUUCGGAAAGCAGACGAAUGUUCUACAAAAUGCUCGAAUAUCUCGGUGACUACGACGAGCUGGAGGACGAUGGACCACGGGAGCGCGAGGAAAAGGUUGGCUCGCUACCACUGCAGACGAGCAAUCGGGUCGAGGUGGCGGCCGGUGGACGAGACGAGCAGUGCAAGUUGCCCCCGAGACGCGGUGUGUGCCGUGCGCUUCUUCCCCGUUACAGAUACGACCCAGCCCAGCAGGAAUGUAUCGAAUUUAAGUUCGGUGGCUGCGACGGAAACGCGAACAACUUCAUGUCUUACAAACAGUGCAUGGAAGCGUGUAAGGGUGUUUGA